AUGGAUCUGGAUUGGCCCCUGGUUCUCAAUUAUGAGGCUUGGCUUCACGGCAUCCUGCUGCUGCCAUUCCUCUACUUUGCAGUAUGGUCGGUCUACAGUCUCUAUUUCCACCCACUGAGUCGCUACCCAGGUCCCAAGCUGGCUGCAAUUUCCCCCAUGGUCCACCUCCUAUGGGAUAUUCGGGGUAAGCAGCACUCGGUAGUGAAAAGACUCCAUGAUCAAUACGGCAGCGUUGUGCGUAUUGCACCAAAUGCUCUUGUUUACAAUUCCGCCGCCGCUUGGAAAGACAUCUACGGACACCGGAAGAAGGGUCAGAAGCUUUUCGUCAAGGACCCAGCCCUGUACUCGCCGACACCCAACGGAACAAAUGCCAUAAUCACAGCGAAUGAGGAGGAGCACAGCCGAAUGCGCCGUUUGCUUACCCAUGCCUUCUCGAACAAGGCGCUCAAGGAACAGGAACAGAUCCUCCAUACCUACGCUGAUAUGCUAAUUGACAAGCUGGCCGGUAUCCUUCACGGAAGCCAGCGAGCAGUCGUUGACAUGACUCGCUGGUACAACUUCACCACCUUCGAUCUGAUUGGGGAUCUUGCAUUUGGCGAACCUUUCGGUUGUCUCUCUGAGAGCAAGUACCAUUGGUGGGUUAUGGUCAUUCUGGAUGCUGUCAAGGCCAGCGCAUACCUAAAGGUGUUUUGGUUUUAUCCAAUUUUGCUUCCAUUGUUCAUUCUUCUAGUCCCACGACAUCUUCUCAAGAAGCGCAAGGCGAGUUUCAAUCUGAGCGUGGAAAAGGUCCGUCGUCGUCUGGCACGCCAGACCACCCGGUCUGAUUUUACCUCGUACAUUAUGAAGCACAGUCACAAUGGACAUGGCUUGUCUCUUUCAGAGAUUGAUGCCAAUGCGGGUGUAUUUGUACUGGCUGGAAGUGAGACCACUGCUGCUUUGCUUACUGGUUUUCGGAGUGCUUUUUCUAAGGUAUCUGAGAUCAAGCUUUCGGCCCUUGUAGAGCUUCCUUAUCUUAAUGCUGUCUUGACUGAAUCUCUGAGAAUCUAUCCUCCUAUUCCUUCUAUGCUUCCGCGUCUUGUGCCUAAGGGUGGAGCCGUCAUCGACGGUCAAUAUGUUCCUGGCGGAGUUUCUGUUUCGAUCUCGUUGUACUCGACUUUUCAUUCAAAAACCAACUUCAAGAAUCCUGACUCCUUCAUUCCCGAGCGUUGGCUUCACGGCCCUGAGUCUUCUGGAUUUGAUUCUGAUCAAAAGGAUGCCCUUCGCCCAUUCUCCUAUGGACCACGCAACUGCCUCGGUCAGCACCUGGCUAAUGCAGAGGUACGACUCAUUCUCGCCAAAUUCCUCUGGCACUUUGACCUGGAGCUCCAGCCUGAGUCCCAGCACUGGUCUAUCCAGAACUCCUUUGCUCUCUGGAGUCGGCCCGCAUUGUGGGUGAAGCUUUGCUAUCCUGGCACUGCUCUGUGA